AUGUCUCGCUCCCCUCCCGACCAACCCCUUCCCCACCUCGGCAUCUCCUACGACUCCGACGACGAUAUGCACGUCGACGAUGACAAUGACAACGAUGGCAGUGCUAGAGCCCACGACAUCGAUGCCGAUGGCGAGUCCGUCGACGACGACUCUCAGCCCGACUAUCAUCCCGCCGCCUAUCCCUCCGUCCCCCAGCAACAUGUCUCUCACCGUCGCUCGCACGACUCGGGCUACGAGGACCGCGACGACGAUGAUGAUGAUGACCACGACGAUGACCAUGAUGAUGACGACGGUGCGUAUGCCGACGAGGAGUAUGUCUCCAAAAAGAAGCCCUCUGCCAAAAAGAAGAGAGCUCGCACCUCAUCAGCUGGUCCAGUCAGAGCCAAAGCUCCCGUCCGACAGCCGUCCUCUUCGGAUUCCGACUCCGACUAUGGCUCCCGCACCCACAAGAAGAAGAAGAAGCUGCGCACAUCCGCCGAAGAAGUCCGCGUCUCCAGCAGAGGCACAAAGGUCCCCAACUAUCUCGAUGACGUUCAGGACUUUGAGAAAUUCGAAGAACAGGACGACGACAGCCAGGGCUAUUAUGUCGAUCCCAACAUUCAGUACCAGGAAGAAGAUGAAAUCGAGGCCGUUCUCGGUCAUAGUCGUGAAGAAGGAAGAGAGGAUGACCCUGAAGAUAUCUGGUUUGAAAACGUGCGAUUCCAUAUCAAAUGGAAAAACUUUUCCCACCUCCACAAUACAGACGAAACAUAUGAAUUUCUCAAACGUUUUAGAGGUCUUAAGCGUGUCGACAACUAUAUAAAGUCCUACAAACUCUGGAAAGCCCGUCUUGAAUCCCCCGGUCUUUCGCGUGAAGACAUCGAGGCCCUUCAUCUCGACAAGGAGCGGGAAAAGGAAGAACUCGAGACUUUCCGCAAUGUCGAGCGCAUAGUUUCCCACCGAGAAUCUGCAAAUGGCGAAAUGGAGUACUUUUGCAAGUGGCAAGGGCUCAACUAUGACCAUUGCACUUGGGAGCUCCAGACGGACGUCAAUCCCAUCGCUAAAGAGCAGAUUGCCGCUUACAGACGUCGCGAGGCAGAAGCUAAAUUCCCUUACAAGAGCGUUUCGUAUGCAAAGACCAGCAGGCCUGCGUUUCAGAGGAUGCUCAAAGACCCGGAUUAUAUCUCUGCUACCGGUGGUCAACUAAAGGAUUUCCAAUUGACCGGCCUUAAUUGGCUCGCCUACUUGUGGAGUCAAGGGCAGAACGGCAUUUUGGCAGACGAGAUGGGUCUCGGAAAGACCGUACAAACUGUGUCAUUUUUGUCAUAUUUAUUCCAUGAACUACAACAAUACGGUCCUUUCCUCGUGAUCGUUCCGCUGUCGACAAUCACAGCGUGGCAAACCCAGUUUGCGCAUUGGGCGCCUGAUUUGAAUGUCAUCACUUACAUUGGAAAUGCACCGGCGCGCGAAGUCAUCCGCAACUACGAGUUUGGGCCGUCGAACAAGAAGAUCAAGAUGAAUGUAUUACUGACAACGUACGAGUUGACAUUGAGAGACUGCAAGGAACUCGGCGACAUCAAGUGGCAAGCGUUGGCAGUCGACGAGGCGCAUCGGCUGAAAAACUCGGAGAGUCAGUUGUAUGAAGCUCUGAGAGCGUUCCACGCCGCCUCGAAGCUGCUUAUCACGGGCACUCCUCUACAGAACAAUGUGAAAGAGCUGCUGUCCUUGAUGCAUUUCCUUAUGCCAGAGAAAUUUGCUUUGACGAACGAGUUUGAUCUUAGCGAUGCGGACCACGAAACAAAGAUCAAGCAGCUACAUGCCCAACUGGAAUCGCUGAUGCUCAGGCGGCUGAAGAAAGACGUCCUUACUUCGUUGCCUACGAAGAGCGAGCGGAUUUUACGUGUGGAAAUGAGUGCCAUGCAAACGCAUUUCUACAAGAACAUCUUGACCAAGAAUUUCGCCGCUCUUGUGAAAAGUGCUAAUGGAAACAGUAAUAUCAGUCUUCUGAAUAUCGCCAUGGAACUGAAAAAGGCUGCCAACCACCCUUAUCUCUUUGAUGGUGCCGAAACGCACGCGGACAGCAAAGAUGAGACCCUCAAGGGCAUCGUGAUGAACAGUGGGAAGCUGGUGCUCCUGGAUAAGCUUCUUGUGCGCUUGAAGCACGAUGGACACCGGGUGCUUAUCUUCAGUCAGAUGGUUCGCAUGUUGGAUAUUCUCAGCGACUACAUGCACCUCCGAGGCUACGCCCAUCAACGCCUAGACGGCAUGGUCGCCUCCGAAGCUCGCAAGAAGUCCAUCGCACACUUCAACGCCCCUGGAUCACCCGAUUUCGCGUUCCUCUUGUCGACUCGUGCCGGUGGUCUCGGUAUCAAUCUUGAAACAGCUGACACCGUCAUCAUCUUUGAUAGCGACUGGAAUCCGCAGAACGAUCUGCAGGCGAUGGCCCGGGCACAUCGCAUUGGUCAGAAAUCGCAUGUCAACGUCUAUCGAUUUGUGAGCAAGGACACGAUGGAGGAAGACGUUCUGGAGCGGGCUAAGAAGAAGAUGGUGUUGGAGUAUGCCAUUAUCAACCAAAUGGACACGUCACAGGCCCAUCUGAGUUCUAAAGCGACAACCAAAGAUCCCCAUAAGCCUGAUAACCUAAGCAAGGAUGAACUAACUGCGGUAUUAAAGUUCGACAAGGAUGAUACCCAACAAAGCAAGAAAUUGGACGAGAUGGAUCUCGAUGAUAUUUUGAACCGUGCCGAAGACCAUGAAACCACCCAGGACGGCGAAGGCGUCGGCGCGUCGCUUGGAGGCGAGCACUUCCUAGCCCAGUUUGCUGCUGUCAGCGACGUCAAGAACGACAUGAGCUGGGAGGACAUUAUACCUCUUGAAGAGCGACAGCGGUUCGAGGCGGAUGAGGAAGAGCGGCGGGCAGCGGAGGAAUCAGUUUCCAAUGAAUCGCGUAAGCGGACUCAUGCGCAGGUGUCUUAUGAGGGCAUGGAUGUUGACCAGCCUACGUCGACGAGCGCGCCCAAGAAACCGAAAGCACCUGGUCCGCAGAGGAAGACGGCCAGCCAGAAGGCUAUGGAGCUCAAGGAACGUGAUGUCCGCGUGCUCAUCCGAAGCUUGCAGCGAUGGGGCGAUAUUCGUCAGCGUUAUGAUGUUAUCGUUGCCGAAGCCAAACUUCAGGACAAGAACAAGGGCAUGAUGUUUGAUGUCGCAGAGGAAAUCAUUGACAUAUGCGAACAGGCUGUCAAGGAUAGCGAAGAGCAGAAACGUCUGCGGAUUGCAUCAGGUGAAACAUUGACUAAUGCUCAAAAGAGCAAGGCGGUUCUCGUCACUUGCCGUGGGGUGGGCAAUAUCAACGCAGAGACUGUUCUUUCUAGGCAUCGCGAUCUUAGCAUUCUAUACAAUAUUCUCUCUGAACUAGAUGAUCCAUACAAAUGGAGCAUCCCCAUCGACAACAUCCGGCCAACGCUCAACUGGUCCGGACGGUGGGGUCCACAAGACGACUCGAUGCUUCUGGUUGGAGCAUACCUGUACGGCUUCGGAAACUGGGAAGCAAUGGCCAAAGACCCCAAGCUCGGCCUGGAAGGCAAGUUUUUCCUCGAAGAAGGCAAGAAGGGCGAAGAUGCUGCAAGUCGACCGAUACCCAACGCCAUCCACCUCGUUCGUCGAGGUGAUUUCUUGCUGAGCAUACUGCGCGAGCAUGAUGAGAAGCUACGUUCGUAUGAGAGUUCGUUGCGCCAUAAGGGUCAGCUGAAGGUUUCGGCGUCUCCGCCCCCCACAGCCAUGGCGUCAACAUCUUCGCACAGUAGCUCUCUCAAGCGCCGUGCUGAAAGCGAGGCUAUGGCCUCUAUCGAUGACAGCAGCAGCAAAAAACGCAAACGUCGACCUACACCCACUUUCACAGAUUCAGAGUCAUCGGAUGAAUGUCCGUCAAUGGAUGAGGGUGCGACAAAGGAAGAGCUGCGUCCUGUCAAGAAGCAAUUGAAACAAUUGAAGCUGUCUGGUGAGGACAUGCCUCGAGACGAUAAAGUUGCUAUCUUGAAGGACUCGCUCGCUGCUAUCGGUCGUCGUAUAGAAAAUGUUUUGAACACAAAGGAGGCUGCUGGAGAAGACAGGGAUAGAUGGCGACGGCACCUGUGGACAUUUGUCACUCUCUUUUGGCCCAAGAAGGUCAAGGCCAGCAAACUCGAAGAGAUACAUGCCAAGAUGGUCAUGAAAGAGGCUGCUCCUAGACAGCAGGCUGACAACAACGCCUUGAAGAAGCCGCGGGUGAACGACUAA